AUGUUCGCGACAGCAUACCGAGCUGCGAAAACCAAUCUGAAGCAGCUAUAUAGGACGGAUGAGCUUCUAGAGCUGCCAUCACAAUUGUUGCCUGAACGCUACUCGCUUGCUCAGCUUCGUCAUGAAUUACUGGGAGAUGGACAAAAAGUAGCUGCGGAUGAGAACGAUCUGCCAUGUCUCAUGAUUCUCCACAGCUGCCUGAAGGAGCAUCAGAGGCUGCAGCGCACAGGCGAUGAUGAAGAUUAUGCCACCGAACUCUUAUUAUGGGUCGCGAAAGUCAUAUUUCCUAGCAGUGACGUCGCAACCCAUGAUGUUAUACCAGAAGACAGUACAGACGCGUCACGGCAGAAGGCAAUUCACACCGCAUGCCGAAAGGGCAUACUAGGUCUUCAGAGUAUCUUGAAGCUUCUCACACUCCCAAAUAUACAACAACAACAUAUUACGACCCUCAGCGAAUUCCUCAUAUCCAUCCUAGCCUUCACAUCUCCUCGUGACUGCUGGAGUACACCCACUUCUCUCGCCACGGCACAGCAUCUUCUCGGCCUUCCACCUAUACAGAGUAGUCUCCAGGCACCAGAAUUUAUCUCCAUCGGUAUACUACAGGAAUUCAUCCGACCACUCUUUUCAGCAUCGAAACCACGAACUGUUACAUCAGCAGGCAGGAAAGCAAUGCCCAGCUCUGCACCGGUGAAGCGACGUGACUUCAAUGAGGAGAGGAUGAAAACCCCGUGGCUAUAUGAAACAGUAUAUGCCGUUACGGUGUUGGAGUGGGCUGUCAGAGAAAUUUCUACAACAACCCUUCAAAGCUCCUGGCCCCUCAUCCUCCCUCCCCUCCUAACCCUCUUGGAUACCCCUGGUACCCCCAUCCUGACCCGUGGCCUCUCACUGAUCGCAAUACUCCUCCCAAAACUUCCUCCUAUAAUGCUAGCACAAACCGGUCUCGCAUCCGUAUUCUCCGAUGCAAUAAUGCCAAUCACCCUCUACCUACCUUCCAUAACACCACUGCCAGAAUCACAGGAGAUUCUACCGUUAGCGUAUGCAGCUCUUUUUGCAUUAUACGACGUACAAUACACUUCUUCUUCAGCCUCAUUAAGAAACCCCCCUUCAUCAACGACCUCAACGUCCCUCUCGAGAUCGUCAAUGCCGCCCAAGGACAAAACCACACUAAAUGGCGAAUCGAAGAUAGCCUUCCUAACCAUGGUCCUCCGUCAAUGCAUCCUUCCCGCUUACUUGCACGCCUCUGAACACCCACCUAUUGUCUCAAUCCUGCUUACGCAACUAAUUACCUUGAUCCCAAAACUCGGUAUCCACGCUACUCAACACCUCAAAGACAUACUGCCUAUCGUCUCCUCUGUGCUGACUGAUCCGUUCGCUGCGGCGAGGUUGAGUGAUGUGACCGUGGCGUUGCAGACGUUCCAGGCGAUGGUGUUGCAUUGUUGGGUUCGUUUUAGAGAGGAGCUUUGGAGAAGGGAGGGGGUGAGGAUGUUGGUUCUUUGCUGGGGGGCGAUGGGUGAGCUGAAAGGAGAUGGAAAUGGAAAAGCCGGUGCGCAUAUUGAUAGUGAGGUACUGGAGAGGGUGAAGGGGGAGAUGCGAGUUAUGGGGAGGGUAUUUGCGAAGGCUGUUGAGGGGAGUGUGGAUCUGAGGGAGGAGUUGAAGCCAUUGGUGAAUGUUGACGAUAGCAUUGAAGAUUUGUUUGGAUUUUGA